UUUGAGGACAUUGCCCUGUACUUCUCCAGGGAGGAAUGGAGCCUCCUUGAUGAGGGUCAGAGACAGCUGUACCUGAAUGUGAUGCUGGAGAACUUUGAACUUGCAUCCUCGCUGGGUUGCUGCUGUGGAGCAGAGAAUGUGCAAGCACGGACUGAGCAGAAAAUUCCUGUAAGAGUGUCACAGGCAAGAAAUCCCAAGGUAGCCUUGUCUUCCCGGAAGAGCCACCCCUGUGAAGGUUGUGGGCCAGUCUUGAGAAAAAUCUUCCACAUUACUGACCUACAGGGAACACAACGCAGCCAGAUACUGUUGACGUGUGGGGCAUGCGCAAAACGAUUUUAUGUCAGUACAAAAUUUCACCAGGACCAGGAGCAACAUAUGAGAGAGAAGCAUUCCCUUAGCGGUGUGGACAGGAUCUCACUUGCAGAGGGCUGCAAUUUCAAUGUGUCUCAGAAGCAUGUUACCUGCAGGGAGGUUGGGCCGGGCAUCCUUAUGGGGUCAGGACAUCUCCACCAAAAGGCUACUCAGACCGGGGAUAAGUCAGAUGAAAUACCGAUGUCUGCCAUGACUUUUCAAAGUAGAAAAAAUGAUCACACCAGGAAAGAAUAUAAGAGAGCGAUUGGCCGCCAACACACAUUUGUUCAAGACAAGAGAAGACAGCGUUUAGUGUGCCAUGAAUGUGGAAAGUGUUUUACCAGAAUUUCCAGUUUUCUUUAUCACCAGAGACUUCACACUGGAGAAAAGCCCUUUGAGUGCAGUGAAUGUGGGAAAUCUUAUACCGGUAGCACUGGUCUCCUUUAUCAUCAGAGAGUUCACACUGGAGAAAGGCCCUAUAAGUGCAGUGAAUGUGGGAAAUCUUUUAGCAGGAUCGACUCCCUUCGGAUUCAUCUGAGAGUUCACACUGGUGAAAAGCCUUAUAAGUGCCCUGAAUGUGGGAAAUGUUUUGCCACUAGCACUGGCUUUCGUCAUCAUCAGAGAUUUCACACGGGAGAAAAGCCCUAUAAGUGCAGUGAAUGUGGGAAAUCUUUCACCGGUAGCGCUGGCCUUAGUUACCAUCAGAGACUUCACAGAGGAGAAAAGCCUUAUGAGUGCAGUGAAUGUGGGAAAUCUUUUGCCUGUAGUAGUAGCCUCCGUUACCAUCAGAGAUUUCACACAGGAGAAAGGCCUUAUCAGUGCAGUGAGUGUGGGAAAACUUUUACCAUGAUCAGAUGCCUUCGUCGUCAUCAGAUAGUUCACACAGGAGAAAGGCCUUAUGAGUGCAGCGAAUGUGGGAAAACUUUUACCAUGAUCCAUUAUCUUCGUCGCCAUCACAGUGUGCACACUGGAGAAAGACCUUACGAGUGCAGUGAAUGUGGCAAGUCCUUUACCACAAUUUAUAGCCUGCGUAACCAUCGGAGAUUUCAUACAGGGGAAAAGCCUUAUGAGUGCGGUGAAUGUGGGGAGUCUUUUUCCAUGCUCUAUUCCCUUCGGAGUCACCAGAGAGUUCACUCUAGAGAAAGGCCUUACGUGUGCCGUGAAUGUGGGAAAUCUUUUAUCAGUAGCAGUGGCCUCCGUUAUCAUCAGAGAUUUCACACUGGAGAAAGGCCUUAUGAGUGCAGUGAAUGUGGGAAAUCUUUUACCAAGAACCAAACCCUUCACUAUCAUCAGAGAAUUCACACUAGACAAGGCCCUUAUGCGUGCAUUGAAUGUGGAAAAACUUUUACCAGUAUCCUAAGCCUUCGUUCUCACCAGCGAGUUCACACUAGGGAAAGGACUUAGGAGUGUAGUUAACGUGGCAAAUUUUGUACCCCAAAUUCUAACCUUAUUCUGCACAUAAGGCUUCACAUGGGAGGAAGGUUGUAUAUGUAUAGGAAAUGUACGGUUUUUAAGGUCAGUCUUAAUAAUACUAUAGGAAACUCUAUUUGUCUGACUUGAAUCUCAUACAUUCAAAUGUCAAAAGUAGGGAGAUUCCCUAUAAACUUAUGUGAAAAGCAUGUGUGUGUAUGCUGCACUUUCUAAUUUACCCCGAUGUCCUGCCAGAUCUAUGUCCUUGAAUGUGUCUGUUGCUGAAGCAAUGUCACCUAUACCACCCAUAACGUGUCCACAGGUGGCAUCAGUCACCAUCCUCAUUGGAGCAGGGAAGCAAACUCUGUUCUCUGAUUUGUUCGGAACUAGGAGCUGCCUUUUUUUAGAGGUGAAUUUGCUACCCCUGUAUCCGUAGUAAAAUGUCUGGUUAAUUGUUCUGCUGAAUCUGGUAUGAGUUUUGGCAAUUUUCCUUAACAAAAGGGAAGUGGACAACAAACAUGGAUGUUGGGAUUUCACUCAUUUUGUGCCUUUUUUGCUUUAUAAAAUAAAUGUUUUUUUGU